UCGAUAGGUUGUUUAUUAGUGGGGGAGAUUAGUGUGAGGAUUUGAAUUGGCCUUGACAGAAGUUGUCACCCCGAUUUGGAGCGCUCUGGGUGGGUCGACCCAAAGUCAGGCGACUCGCCAAGACGCUGUCACUGGAGCCAGAUUUUUUCUGUCUUUUGCUUGUCCAAAUUGCGUGUGGUGGUCCGUGCGAGUGCAGGCUUGGAGGACUUUGUCUCUGCAAGUUGCCAUGAGUUCGUUCUCGCACAGCACCCCGACUCGAGAACGCCAUCAUUCCUCCUCCCAGUCGAGCUCGUCGCCCAUGUCAGCCCGACCCCAGACAUCCUCCUCCUCUUCGUCCAUACCCUCUGCCGCAUCCCUCGUCUCCUCAACAGCAACUAACCCAACAACCCAACCCAUCGCCCUCGACGCUCUCCUCGCACAACAUGCAGAUGCUCCGAACCCAACCCUCGCUGCCCUCGAACAGGCACUCUCAGAACGAAACGUUUUCUCAGGUCAGAAUACCCAGCUAUGGAAACUGAUCGAGAAACAGCGAAGCGGUUACAACCAAGUACUCAAGGAGCUCGAACGCAUCCGUGCAGAGAGAGAUGCGUACAAGUGUCGUCUACAGGCAGCAGGCUUGAGCAUCGAACUCGGAAAGAAAGAAAAGGGCAAGGUUUUGCGUCCCUCGGCGUCCAACGCAACCAUGUCGACUGUCGAUUCUCGGGUAGUGGGCAUGGUUCGCCAUCAGUCGGACAAUUCAGCUUCGUCCUUCCGUGACCAUCGUCCCAUUACACCCACCAAAAUGUCAGAACAACUUGACGCCCCUGAUGACCAUAUGCCCCAGUUUCGUGCCACCUCACACACUCCUGUGUCUCCAGCGGUUAUUCCCCCAAGGUCCGCCUCUCUACCCCAAGGAACUCCUACUCCGACAUCCAACCAGUCAUUUUCAUCCACGGUAUCGUCGUCCGAGGCGCAACCUCGAACAAGUGAAGGCUCUGUAACCUCGCAACCCGGAUCUCAGUCGCAACCCAGUCGUUCCGGCGCCCCUCAUUUCGACGCCGGCAAUUCAUCUUCAUCACUACAAGCAUCGCCUCUUGUACUUAAGGCCCAUCCAGCAUCGCUCGUUCCUCACAAUCCGUCGGCCGGGACGCUCACUCCAAUUAUAGAAGACCCACGACUUAGUCAGGAGUCUUCCCGAGCACGCUCUGCCACGGGUGACAGCCCGCUGCCCAGCCCCAACUGCGCAGGGAGUUCCAUCACCAGCUCCUCUGCGUCCGAAAACAGUCAAUCCCGGACCGACAAUUUGUCCAUCGAUGGUCAUCAGCAGGCAAGACAUUCACCCAACAAGUUGGAUUGCACGGAUAAGGAUGAUGACAACGAGUUUCUCGAUUUGGAUGGUGACGCUGAGAACCAAGGCGACGGUGCUGCCUUGGACCAUCCUGAUCCUGGUCCCUUGUCGCCAUCAAAGAAAAAGAGUAAGGCCCGUGCAACGGUAGAAGACUUUCCAAUGCCUCCUUCACACGGUGCUGUGCACGUCUCCACGCACAAUAUGAACGUGAAUCCUCAGUCGCCAGGAAGCACCGACAUGGUUACACCCACACAAGCGAAUUCUAAAUCUUCUGCGCACCGUCACGGAUUACAGGUUUACCAGGAACAAAAAAGACCGCAAGCGCUCUCACACUCGCAGUCGUCGUUACUUGAACCGGUUCCGUCGCCGACCACCCCGGAUUCACCACUCCCGUCUUCAUAUCUUUCGCCAGCCAGGUCGGUUCACAGUGGGACAAGCGUUGGCCCAAGCCCAACUUUCAGAUCUCUUCCGCUGGUCUACGAUGAUCUCAAGACAACACGUGUCACCGUUUUGCAUUCUUCUGUAAAACCCAAUGAUCGCGGCAAAGAUGUCCUUUCGUUUGUACUUGAUGUUGAUCCUAGGAAUGGAAAAGAUUCGUGGAAAGUCGAGAAGAUGUAUUCAGAUUUCUUGGGUCUGGACCAGAGAGUGAGAGCAGUGGUCGGAAAGAGCGUAGCGAAGAAGAUGGGUGUUUUACCCGAUGGCAAAGUUUGGAGGGAUCAUGCGCCGGCGAAGGCUGAUCAGCGCAAGGUUGCACUUGAAGUUUACUUGCAAUCCUUGGUUAGCCUUCCUGUCAGGAAUAAGGACGAAUUUAUCGCGUUCCUCACCUCUGAUAUCGUCCGUGAGACCAAGAAGCCCGUUAUGCAAGCCGGAUACAAGGAAGGAUACCUCACGAAGCGCGGGAAGAACUUUGGCGGAUGGAAAACACGCUACUUUGUUCUCCAAGGACCCGUACUCGAAUAUUUUGAGAGUCGUGGCGGUGCUCAUCUUGGUUCCAUCCUCAUAACGAAUGCCCAAAUCGGUCGCCAACAACGCACUGUCGAUAACGACGACGAGAAGAAUUAUCGUCACGCGUUCCUCAUUAUUGAGGCAAAGAAAGGCCCUGGUGGUUCGAAUCCAAGGCACGUUCUCUGUGCCGAAAGCGACAUUGAACGAGAUAGUUGGGUGGACAUUCUCGUUCGCUAUGUCUCUGGAACCUUCAGUGAGGAUCCAAUAUCGUCCACUUCGGGUGGCCCGAGCCCCCUAGCGGUCAAUGUUCCACAUCAUCAAGGUGCAGGCUCUGCUCAACCACGAUCAAGCACGAGCUCGAGUCAAGAUCAUACUGCUACACCUGGGAGCAAACGUGCGGUAAGGACGGUAUCCAAGGAUGACAUAUCGAAAGGAGCUGUAGUGCCGAUAUCACAGCUUGCAUUGGAUGCGAACAAUGCCAAGUUCUUCCAGACUCCCCCAAUCCCAGAGUCAACCUCACUUGACGACCCGCAAAUGUACACGGCGAGUCCCACGAAGUCUUCUUCUCAUCAUUAUGCUGUUGACAGGGACAACAACAUUUCCACCGAAGGAAACUCGAGACGAUUGCUUGAACAUAGUAACACCCCGACAGAACCACUGUUGUCCACGUCCCUUCCGACGACCUCACCACUUGACUCUGCAGGCCAGGGUCUUGUGUCUUUCAGGGCAAACUCGGAGUUGGGGCAUUACGUAGACGCAGAUCGCUCUGUUGUCGCGCAGGGGCAAGAUCACGGAGCCGGUACUGAUCCGUCGAAGCCUUACGAAGGGCGCCGCGACAGGAAAUCAUAUUACCCGGGCUUAUCAUCGAUAUCUGUUUCACCGGUGGCGCCAGUGUUCCCUGACCGUGCACCAUCUCCUGAUGUGGGAUCGACGCCCCUGAAGCAUGGGGAGUUGAACGGAAAGGUUAAAAUUUCUGGACCUCUCAACGGCGCUCCUAUCCCGCCAGGGUACAAGUUCGGCAGUAGGGAUGUGGUCGGGGAAUGUUCGUCGUCGUCAAGUGAUAGACGUGAGAAGGCCAAAUCGAGGUCGUUCUGGGGUUUUGGCAGCAAGCCUGCAGAUAAAGUGGUGCAUAUUCCACGAGCGGUGUUUGGAGUUCCAUUGGAGGAGUCUCUGGACGUGGCUGAAAUUGCGCGACUACCGGCGGUAGUGUUCCGGUGUAUACAAUACCUGGAGGCGAAGAAGGCGGAGAAGGAAGAAGGUAUUUAUCGUUUGAGCGGCAGCUCUGCCGUUAUCAAGGGUCUCCGGGACCGGUUCAAUAUGGAGGGCGACAUCGAUCUGCUUGGGUCGGACGAGUACUGGGACCCCCAUGCUAUUGCUGGGUUGUUGAAGAGCUUCUUGCGCGAACUACCUGCAAGUAUAUUGACGCGGGAGUUGCACAUGAAGUUCCUGGCUGUCAUGGACUUUGUGCAACCUCAAGAGCGGAUACGCGAACUGUCCUUCCUCAUUGCUUCCCUCCCGAUCGCCAACUACAGCCUUCUCCGCGCGCUUACCGCCCACCUGAUUUUGAUCGUGCAGAACUCGGCUUUCAACAAGAUGACCAUGCGCAAUGUCGGUAUCGUAUUUAGUCCGACACUGGGUAUACCUGCAGGCGUGUUUAGCCUAAUGUUGGGCGAGUUCAACCGAGUGUUUAACGUUGAUGCGGCUAGCGACGUGAGCGAAGAGAAAGCUGGUGACUUGAGCCGGAGGAACAGUCGACAGUACUCGGAUGCUGCUGCUGAUCAGCUUCUUGGUCUUUCGGGUCGAUGCUUGAACAAUGCAACGACAGAAGAGACACCCUCUGAAGAUGGCGAUAGCAUGUCCCUCCAAUACGAGAGUGGUAACGAGACUGCUGAAAACGACGCGACCGUCGAAAGCGCGAAUCAAAGCCAGUUCUACUCGCAGGAGCAGAACAUCGCUGACACUUCAUCACCCGCUAGUUCUGAACUUUCCUCACAACGGCGAGGCCACGCGUCCAACGUUGCUGCUAGCCGCGGUCUCAAUAUCGCUGUGAACAACGUUAACAACAGGAAAGCCGACCGACAAAGUCGUAUGAUUGGACUCCCUGUGUCCCCACGACCGACAACGGAAUCACCUCGUUCACCGGUUGUCGUCCAGACUACUACUACCAAGUAAACGCUGACAACCUGUACCGAUUGAUUGAUCACGAUCGUUAAACAAGUAACUGCCGCCGCCACCCCACCACACAGCAUACCUACAUAUAGUACACUCACUUGCAGUGUCCUCUUACGAUCGAUAACGUUCUUUUUUUUUCUUGUUUGAAACGGGUGAAAUUCCAGCCCAGGGAGGGC